CGAAAUGAGCUGAAGCUUUAUGUGGCAGUUGGUGAGACGAGCUCGAAAGGAAAAGCUAUAGAGAGUAACUGCCUUUGGGCUCGGGAGUUUAGUACUCUUCCGUGUGCGUUGUUAGCUUGGCGCGUUGGUGCAUCGUCCGAUUCAUAUUCUCUUCCUCCUUUCUCAUUUUCGCUGGGAAACCUUGCUUAUCGACAACAAAAUGGCUUCAAUCAAUAGCAAUGUGUCCGAGUCAACAGCUGCGGUCGAGUUCGUACGUCCCGAUUUACCAAGUCGUUGCACGUGGCACCGUAAUGCUGAUCCUGCCACCUCGCCUCACACGGUGAAACCUCCGCAACCGCGAAAGAAGAUCAUGUCCAAUAUAUUGGACAAUAUAGGCAACACACCACUAGUUCGAUUGAAUUCUAUCCCGAAAAGCUAUGGGCUCAAGUGCGACAUGCUUGCGAAAUGUGAGUUUUUUAACGCUGGUGGAAGCGUUAAGGAUCGCAUUGGAUUGCGGAUGGUGGAAGAUGCCGAAAAAGCUGGAAAAAUUAAACCUGGAGACGUACUUAUCGAACCGACAUCUGGAAAUACGGGGAUCGGAAUUGCAUUGGCGGCUGCCGUGAAAGGUUAUCGUUGCAUUAUUGUUCUGCCGGAGAAAAUGUCCAACGAAAAAGUAGACACACUAAAAGCACUUGGAGCAGAGAUAGUGCGAACACCAACCUCUGCUACCUUUGAUUCUCCUGAAAGUCACAUCUCGGUGGCCCAGCGCCUAAACCGCGAUAUCCCAAAUUCCAUGAUUCUGGAUCAGUACCGCAAUCCUGGUAAUCCCUUGGCCCACUAUGACAUCACGGCCGAAGAAAUUUUAGAUCAGUGUGACGGCCAUUUAGAUAUGAUAGUCCUUUCAGCAGGAACCGGAGGUACUGCUACUGGCAUUGGCCGUAAAAUAAAAGAAAAACUUCCAAAUUGCAUAGUAAUUGGUGUUGAUCCGGAGGGUUCCAUUCUAGCUGAACCAGCAGAACUGAAUGAAACUGACAAUCCUGGAUUUUAUGAAGUGGAAGGCAUCGGAUACGAUUUCAUUCCGACUGUCCUUGAUCGCUCUGUAGUAGACAAGUGGUACAAAUCGAACGACAAGGAUUCACUGACUAUGUCGAGGAAGUUGAUCAAAGAGGAAGGCCUUCUGUGUGGUGGCAGCUGCGGAGCUGCUAUGUCAGUAGCUGUGAAAGCCGCCCAAGAGCUUAAGGAAGGCCAGAGGUGCGUCGUCCUGCUACCCGAUGGUCUGAGAAAUUACAUGAGCAAAUUCCUAUCGGAUCAGUGGAUGAUGGAACGCGAUUUGCUUGACACAUCGGGUGACGUCUCCGAAAAUCAUUGGUGGUCCAACCUGAAAGUUUCUGCCCUUAAUCUGCAAGCCCCUCUUUCGAUCGUUCCUUCAGUUACAUGCCAAGAGGCCAUAGACAUCAUGAAAAAGGAAGGAUUCGAUCAGCUCCCUGUAGUGGACAAAGAAGGAUCAAUUAAAGGGAUGGUGACACUGGGGUCUUUAAUGACCCGCUUAUUGGCCAAAAAAGCCGACCCGAAGACACCAGUGGAAGAUGUACUCUACGGUCAGUUCAAGCGAGUAACGCUCGGUACGCCGCUUGGAAAAGUGUCGCGCAUUCUGGAACGCGACCAUUACUGCCUGGUCGUUCAUAACCAACGUUUGUCAGAUACAAGUGAUACAGUUGAAGAGCGCACUGUGGUGGUUGGUAUUGUUACCCAAAUAGAUCUUCUGAAUUACAUCACCAGCCAUGUUCAGAUUUAAGAAACUAAGCCAAACGAAAUCAUUUUUUACCGCAAAAAAUCCCAGCAUAAGUUUCGGACCAUUGUUAGCAUAUAUAAUAAACGGUUAUUAAACUGAAAAGAA